AUUUCACAACAUGCGGUCGAGGCAAAAACGUUCGAUCCUUGCUUCGAAUUCAAUCGAGGCUUGAAAUUUCAAAUAUUUUCCACCAAAAGGAGUCUCGAUUUCAAGAUUCGACCAAAACAAUUCGUGAUCGCGGCAUAUUCAAAUGUCCUGGCUUGAAUUUCGACAAUAAAGACAUGAUAGAAGGCGAAUAUACCGAAACGCACUCAAAUUCGGCCAUUGUCGACGAAAAUUCCAGUCAAAUGGAAGCGAAAAACAGUAUUUUGGCUGAAACAAACAUUGAAACAGAGUCGACGAGUCAACUAGAAGUUAAUACUAGCACUGUGUUGAUCGAAGACAGUAUAGAAAUACAAUCGAAAACAAGCCCAAAUCAAACUGGAGAAAUAUGCGAAAAUCCCACGGAGUUGAACACUACAGUUUUAAGUACAAAAGAAUUGGUAUAUAGUGCAAAUACAAGUACUAUAUUGUCUUUGAGUGAAAGCGAUGCUUUAAAUUCAGACGAUGGACCGAUCGUGCCUGCUAUCAGUGCUAUGAGCGCAAACAAUGUGAAAUUUGAAACGCAAUCUGUUUCAUCGACCACUGAUAGUGGUUUACUAGAAGGAUUUAUAAACACGUCGCAAAAAGAUGAGCUUUCAGUGGAAAAUAUAGAGAAUACUGUUUUGGAUAGAGAGAAUCGUGACCAAAUAGAUGAUAGAGGUACUGAAAAUAUCGACGACAAUCUUAUGGUGACCGAAUCUGAAGACAUAACUCAGGAGGAUUUAGGUGACCUACCUCUCUGGGCGGCUCAGCUCAAGGGGUGCGAAAGAAUUGGAGAUAGUUACCGAGGAUAUGUGCAUACCGAAACCGAGCUUGACGUAUUGUUGAGUAUGCAUAAGGAAAACACCCACAGCUCGUGGGGGACAAGACAAAGUCCAUCGUCCCAGAAACCAUCUGUACGGUUCAUGUGGAAGUCGCAAUAUGUGCCGUACGAUGGUGUUCCGUUUCUCAACAGUGGUAAGUUAGUGGUACAUAAUGUGUAUGCUCAGAUUGCGCACAAGUGAGAAGCGAUUAACACUAACACCUGAUCCGUAAACGUGUUGACGUGACCAGACUAUCAAUGUUUCUGAUUAACCACUAUGUUAUACACAAGACUCUUCCCUUAAGUUAACGUCAAAUUGUCUGGUGUUAGAUUAAAAUAAUAGUCGGGUACAUUGCAGCUUAAUGUUGCCUACUUUGUUAUUUUACUUUGCCUAAUGCCAGACACCUUUACUUGUCCAAGGGAAGACAUUACUGGUUAAACUCUCACUAUUUAUAAUUUAAUAUGUAAGUUGUUUACCUGUAUGUGUAGGUCGUCGUGCCACGGUAAUGGAAUGCCAGUACGGUCCUCGCAGGAAAGGCAACAAGGUCAAGGUCGAGUACAAUGAAAAUGGCAAGCCAGUGAAACGAGCGCAUCGUCCGACGUGUCCAGCUCGGAUUUACAUCAAGCGAGUCCGAAAGUUUCCCGAGUACAAAGUUGACAAAAGUUACGAAGGCACGCCUGGUCUUCGGCUGGCACAAGAACGUGCUCUGACAGCACUGAGAGUCGCUUGCCUUGACAGUAGAGGCGAGGAAAGGUGAUAUAAACAAACUAACGCAUAUUCACUUGUCUGUUUGCGGUCGAAUUAUUUUACUCUGUCUAAUGCCAGAUGACUUUACCUUUCAGAGAGAGAGUGCUAGCACUCAAUGGUUUAAAAAAUUAAGUAAUAAACUUUUGAUGGGUAUUUGAGGAACAGCUGCGAAAAAUGCAACUUUAGGUCAUUGGUGUGCGGUCCUGCACCAGAAUCGCAGGACCACAUGUUCGAUUCCUGUCAGGGGCCUAAAGUUGCAUUUUUCGCAGCUGUUCCUGGUUUAGGUUUCAUCUACAAUACCCAUCAAAAUAUUAUCCAUCAACAAAAUCUUGAUAUUGACCCUUGCAUAAUAAAUGCACCUGAAUCCAACGUAAUAUUUUCAAAAUACUCUCCAGAUUUUACAUUCAGUUCCCGCUUGAAACAGCUCACGAAUACCACCAUGAAGACGACGAAAUGAUCCCGCAUCAGGCUCUCUCCCUCCUUCCUACCCAGGUGAACCUCGGCUCAUCCCGUCUCGACCCACGGGUGGUCGAGAAAAUUAAUGAACUCGUUGCUAGAGGGGUGACAGACAUUUACCAAGUGAAACACGGUGUCAUUAGUUUCAUUGAGAAAGACUUGUUCCUGGGUGUGGACGAGCCAACCCCAGCCCGCCAUAACAAAUCUUUCUUCCCGACCAUAACAGAUCUGCAGAAUCACAUCUACCAGGCAAUGCUUGCACUAGAAUCAGGAACUUUAGAAAGUUUACCACCUGUAAGUUGACAGAUUUUUCUAGCCCAGUAUUCCUCUCAUGAUGGCACCAAAAUAAGACCUGUUAACCCUUUAAGUGGCAAUGCACCCCACUUUAGCACUUUACUCAGUCUAACACUGGACAAUUUUACUCGUCAAGUGGAGAGUGCUGCCACUUAAUGGGUUAACCAAACAAACUGCCCAUGCAUCCUCGUACCCCUUUAAGUGGCAAUGUGCCUUACUUUAUUAUUUACUCUGUCUAACGCCAGACAAUUUUACUUGUCAAGUGGAGAGUGCUGCCACUCAAUGGGUUAAUCCAUUGAAAGGCAAGGUGCGAUGAAGGAUUCAUCAAGAUGAACUAUCAGCAUAAUUUGUCUUGAAAGAUUACUGGUAUAUGUUUAUGUGCAUACAUACCACAUCAGAUAAAAUAUGAAGUUUAAUUAAAAAUAUCAGGCACCAUUUGUUCCCAGAAUAUUGCCAGUAUAGAUUACACUAUACUCGCCAGUUCAUCUGGAUUGUUUGUUUUGUGUUUACAUGACGACAGAUGGCCUCGUUAUGUAAGCAUUAACAUGUACAGUCUUUCCACUAUUUAGCCAGAAAGUCCACUCAAAUCGUUCAGCAAGGAUGAGCGAAGCAGCAAACGAAAAUGUACGGAACCUCGCAGAGUAAGAGCACCAAAAACUCCUUAUAGAACAAUAUGUAUACGUACAGAUGACCCACUGUACUUGGCGAGGGAUUCCAGCUUGCAAGACACACAAGGUAGAGUCUUACUUAUUUGGUAUAACAAGCUCAAAUGUAGGUAUCCAGUGCAGGUAAUAUUCUAAAAUAAGCUGCCAUAUUUGGGAUACUAUUUUCAGGUACAGAAAAACCACAAUAACUUAUUGUAGAGUACUACCUAACAUUGUAGACCCACAUUUGAGAUAUCUUAUUUAGGUAAUUGAGACAAAUAAUGAGAGCUUAUUAUAAACAUUUGUUUUCAUUCACCCAGGACAAGUUUAUGUAGUGGUUCCAUCUGCAAGUGGUUUAUUUCCAAACUCUGAAUCAUUGAUUAAUACACCAUUGGAUGGCAACAAAACUACGUCAUUGGUGCAAGUUCUUACCGUUCCCGCAAGCAGUGGUUCUGCCUUCCUUGGACAGCAGGUUCGUACUAACCCCACUUAUAUUGGAUAGUAGUUGUGAACUGUCGAGGUAAAUUAGAUAUUAUUUUAGCAGUGUAAUGUUUGUCAACUUUAUACAUUUCCCUUUGUAAAGGUGGAUGGAACAUUGGACUUGACUGGGCAGUUCCUUGCAUUGCCAAUGGUGAAUUGUGAAAGCCAAGAACAAAUAUCUACCUCACAGGACAGUGGAAUUGUCGUACAUCAUGGUGGGUUGAUAAUAUUUCAACUAUAAAUGUGGCAUCAUUAUACUGACCUCACGAUGUUCUGAAAUAGACUUGAAACACUGCUUUCCACAAAUAAUGUAGUUACAUGUCAUUAACAAUGGAUUUUUUUAUCUUAGAUUCACUGGGAAAAGAACCGAUCUCUGUUAUACCAGCACCAGUGGAAAAUGCUUUGAAUAAGCACCAUACAAUUGACAGCGAGACACCAAAUGAGGAUGUACCAACAACUGUCACCAUGCCAAGCACCAUAUCACCCAUAGCAAUACAAAGACUACCAUCCACUAUUACCAUGGCAACAUCACACCCUGGUAUGACCACAUCUACCAAUCCUAACAUUGGGGUAGCAGUACCAUCCAAAAAUUAUAAGAAUUUCCCCACAGCAGCAGUUUUGAAUACCAACAGUACAACUAUGCCAGAUUUAGUGAUGACAUCAUCAGCAGUUCCUAUUGCAUCAACAGAACUAAUUAUUCCUAACAAAUCUUUGGAUUUGGAAGUGACAGCAACAUCAGAAAUUGUGACAUCAUCAGAAAUUGCUCUGACAUCAUCCAAUUUGACAGCUUCCAUUACAUCAUCAGAUACUAGUAUGACAUCAGAUGGGCCAAUAGGUAUGACACCAUCACAAGACUUUCCUAUGUCAUACGACCCUACCACAUCGUCUACAAUUUUAAUGACAUCACCAGAUGAGGAGAUGGCUCUGAAAACAGAGAAAUCUAGUUCUAAAACUAUUGCAAACAUUGAUGGUGACUUCACAAAUACACCAUUAUCACCUGCCAAUAGCCAACCAAAUCCCUGAAACUAUAACAGUUGUUAGUCUUAUGUUGUUGUUGUGUUGAUACUUACAGAGUGAACAAUAACAUAACAUAGUGUGUUAUGUAUAUAUUUUAUCAUAUAUUAUAUAUAAUUAAAUAAACACAUGUAUAGCAAGUAUUUGUGUUUGAAUUUUACAGUAAUGCCCAAAAAUUCUAUCUUGACAAGUAAAAUUGUAUGGUAUUAGAGCAAAAAAUAUGAAAGGUAACAUUAGGAUGCAUGAUAGCUUUAUGCGCACUAAAUAAAUUUAAAAUUGCAGCAAGUUUUAGCCUGCAAGUUCACGGCAAGUAGGUAUAUCAGUCAUGUAUUCGCUCACUACUCUGGAUUUUAUAAAUGAAUUCAAAGCCCAAUCAAAUUGCAUUCACAACCCAAUGUUGGCUUCUUCAAAACACCCCAAAUAAAAAACAAACACAAAAAGGCAUAGGAAGCUUUUAUUCAAUGUCCUUUCAAUUAUACUCUAAUACAAUCGUUGGGAAGGACCCAUGGUGCUUUUAACAUAUAAAGCACGGACAUUCUGCCAGUUUUUCUUGAGCAGUGAGACAAGGAAGUUGAUGGCAAGAAGAGUGUUAUUGUAUAAAUCAUCUUCUGACAUGUCAACAUGUCCAAUAGCCACUGCAAGACAAAGCACCUAGA